AUGGGUUACGUGCGCCUCACAGGAGUGACUUACUCCGACCCAGAACGUGCUUAUGAUACCUUAAUUCUCUUCACGGGUGCUGAUUCGGUGACGCGGCUCAUCGAUCUUAAUGGUACCGUCGUUCAUCAAUGGUCAUUCCCCGGCGUCCCCCCGAGAGUGCUUGAUCCAGUCCUGAUAGGAGGACAGAAGGGCAACGUAGGUCUUCAGCUAUCUGAAAGCGGCGACCCACGCGGUGGCAUCUAUGCCAAUGGCACAAUUGGCCAGCUAGACUGGAACGGAGAGCGGGUUUGGGAAUGGGGAAAUAAGGCUCUUGGUGGUGCAGCACGUCAAAAUCAUGACUGGCAAUUGCUUCCUAAUGGCAACUGGCUUAUACUGGUGACUGUGCCUAGGGUGGUGGAUAGCCUUGGUCCGCAUGUGACUGGAGACCAGGGUCUGGUCGAAGUGAAUCCCGACGGGAAUGUGGUAUGGAGAUGGAGUUCUGGCGAUCAUAUUUCCGAGCUAGGACUCUCAGAUCCAGGGAUUGAGUUGCUGCGCGAGGCUGUCGCACGGGAUCCUGGGAAUCCGUGGGGAUGUUUGGAAAUGAACAGCGCGUCGACGCUGGGGCCGAACAAAUCGUACGACAAAGACCCGGAGGCAAGCUCAAUAUUUCACCCAGACAACAUCAUAAUCAGCUUCCGCAAAGCAAACAUCGUCGCCAUUAUCGAUAAGGCUACAGGCCAUGUCGUUUGGCGGUUAGGACCCUAUUUUGACGAACAGUCUGGCGAUCAGCAUCAACGCAUCCUGCGACACAAUGUCCCGCGUCCAUUAGAUCAAAUAUCAGGCCAGCAUAACCCACAUAUCAUACCUCCUGGUCUUCCUGGGGAGGGCAAUCUUUUAGUUUUCGACAACCAGGGUGGCGCUGGUUACCCUCCGGCAGCGCUAGGAAUCUACGCUGGCUCUCGCAUUCUCGAGAUUGACUUGAUCACCAAGCAGAUCGUAUGGCAAUACACGGCUGAAGACUCUGGAUUACCACCCUGGAAUUUCUUCAGCUCGUUUGUGAGCAAUGCACAGCGUCUGCCAAAUGGCAAUACAUUUAUUGCUGAGGGUAUGAACGGUCGUCUGUUCCAAGUUACGGCCGAGGGCCAAGUGGCGUGGGAGUACUACAGUCCAUAUACUGGGUACGGGGUCGCUGGAGAACCGGAGGUGGCCAAGCCACGCGUUGACGGGGUUGAUAGACUGAGUACGACUCCUUUGGUCUAUCGCUUGCAAGCUGUGCCUGAUGAAUGGGUGCCAGAUAGCGUAACAAGAGUAGCAGCAGUAGCUUUUCUUGAUUGUUUUAAGGCUAAUAUGAGAACACAGCGACGAUAUGGCACUUAG